AUGGGAGUGACGUUUUCGUCGCUCUAUGACUCGCUAUUCGUAUGGCGACGCAAUGUUCCCAUGCGCAUUCUUAUGCUAGGACUUGACAGUGCCGGUAAAACUACCAUCCUAUACCGUCUCCAGCUCGGUGAAGUCAUUUCAACGAUUCCUACCAUUGGAUUCAAUGUCGAGACGGUCGAAUACAAAAAUUUGACGCUCCAGGUCUGGGAUCUGGGUGGUCAAUCAAGUAUCCGUCCUUACUGGCGAUGCUAUUACGCGGAUACAGCUGCUAUUAUUUAUGUCGUGGACGCAUCAGAUCAUGAACGCAUGCCCACCGCACGCGCUGAGCUUCUGGCUAUGUUGGCGGAGGAAGAGUUAGCAGGGUGCAAGUUGCUGGUGUAUGCAAACAAGCAGGAUCUCCCUAAUGCGAUGGAUGAGGCUCAAGUGGGUAAAGCUAUUGGCUUGGAUGAGCUUCGUGACAGGCAGUGGAGUAUUUGGCGGUGCUGUGCCAAAGACGGCACCGGUCUAAAUGAGGGACUGGAUUGGCUUGUCGAUGCAUUGCGAAACAAUUAA